AUGUCGGUACGAACACAAUUCGAGAAUUCAAACGAGAUCGGUGUUUUCUCGACACUGACUAAUUCCUAUGCGUUGGUGGCAAUAGGCGCCAGUGAGAAUUUCUACAGUGUUUUUGAGGCUGAACUCCAAGGCGUAAUCCCAAUUUGCAGAACACAAAUCGCAGGAACUAGAAUAAUCGGCCGCUUGACAACUGGCAAUAGAAAGGGUCUAUUAGUUCCCACGAAUACGACGGAUCAGGAGCUUCAAAAUUUAAGAAACACUUUACCAGAAAAUGUUAAAAUACAGAGAAUUGAGGAAAGGCUUUCAGCUCUGGGCAACGUAAUUGUAACAAAUGAUCACAUGGCACUUAUACACCCAGAUCUAGAACGAGAAACUGAAGAGAUAAUUGCUGACGUACUCGGCGUUGAAGUUUUUCGUCAGACCAUCGCUGAUAACGUUCUUGUCGGCUCUUAUAUGGCGCUAUCAAAUAGGGGUGGUAUCGUACAUCCGAAAACCUCUAUCCAAGAUCAAGAUGAGCUCUCGAGCUUACUACAAGUACCUCUUGUUGCAGGAAGUGUAAAUCGAGGAAGUUCUGUCAUUGGUGCUGGUAUGGUUGUAAAUGACUGGAUCGCAAUCGCAGGCUUGGACACUACGGCAACUGAGAUGAGCGUAGUAGAGAACGUUUUUAGGCUUGGUGAAGGUCGAGAAAGUGGUGCAAUCGCUGGCUCUCUCAAAGACACCAUGGUGGAGUCAUUCUACUAG